CCCUCCUCCCGGGGCUCCGAAAUCGAAAGGGGAAGCGCGGACGGAGUCUCCGCCAUCGCCGCCUCUCCUUGCUCUCUCCCUGCCGAGCCUCAUGGCUGCCCAACCCGCUCCGCUCCGCGCCAAGGGGCUCCCGCUGCUGCUGCUGCUGGGAGCGUCCUUCGGCAGAUCCUCGCCUCCGCUGGCCAAGCUGGGCUGCUGGUUCCUGGAGGAGGCUGGGGGCGGAGGCUCCGGCAUGUCCAGCGCCCCCAAGCAGCGCCCCGCCAUCUUGUUCCUGCCCCCACCCGGGAGACGCCUGGAAGAAGCUGCCCUGGAGUCCGAGUUGCCCCCGGAGGUGGAGGCCGGCCUGGCCUUCCAGGUCCUGGACCCCUCUGGGGCCCUGUGGGGCGGUCAGGCCUCGGCCACCCCCCCGCCCUGGCUGAGUCUGGAUGCCAGCGAGGCUGAAUCCUCCUGCGAGAUCAACGCUUACGCGCCGCAAGAGUCCCACUUUGUCCCCUGGGCGGAGGGGCUGGCGGGCGGAGGGGGCUGCCCCCGCGCCCUGGAGAGGGGCAAGUGGCUCAUCGCCAGCAUCCAGGCCCCCGACGCCGAGUUCGGGGUCAGCAGCGUCCUGCACACCGAGGAGGCCCCGCCUUGGAAGCAGCAGGAUGGGGUCAGCAGCGUCACCACCACCGCAGCGGUGCUGUCGGUCUUCACGCGGACGCCGCGCCUGGAGUCCCGCCUCGGGCGCCCGGCGGUCCUGCACUGCGGCUUCUCGGCGCCGGCCUCGGCCUUCUCGGUGGAGUGGCGCCAUCAGUUCCGGGGGGCCGGGAAGGUGGUGCUGGCCUUCGACGGAGCCUCGCGGGGGGUGUCGGUGGCCGAGGAGGGGGCCGAGCUGCUGCUGGAUGCCGAGGGCGGCGGCGCCUCCCUGCGCCUGCGGAGCGUGGCCGUCCGCCACGAGGGCACCUACAUCUGCACCGUCUACCUGCCCCACCUGCACGCCCAGCAGGCGCUCGAGUUCAAGGUGGUGGAGCCCCCCCAGGUGACACUGCGCCCCUCGACGCUCUCGGUGCCCCCCGGCGCCCGGCCCCAGCUGGCCUGCGAGGUCUCCGGCUUCUUCCCUCUGGGUGCCUCGGUCAGCUGGAAGCGGAGGGGGUCCGGCGCCCCCCAGGACGCCUUCCUGGACAUUGGGGACUCGGGGCACCGCCAGGCUCCUGACGGCACCUUCAGCUUCACCAGCUUCGCCCGCCUGCUGCCUGUCCCGACUGAGGACCACGGGGUCUCCUACGUCUGCCACGUGGGCCACGCCGGGCUGGGCGAGGCGGGGGUCAAGAAGGCGGUCGUGCUCCAUGUGGCAGGGUCCCUGGGCCCCUCCCUGGAGGACGCCAUCGGCUUGUUCCUGGUCGCCAUUGUGCUCCUGGGGGUCUUGCGGUCCUUCUUCCGAUGGGGUAAGGUUGUUCCCACCCACCCCUUCUGUGCUGUUAUUUUUGUUAUUGAUAUGGUCCUAUUUUACCAUUUGGUCAAUAUUUUAGGGGAUACUUUAGCUGAGAUUCCUGGGGUCCCUUCUGAUUCUACAAUUCUAGGAUUCUAUAAAUGUGCAGAGCACCCCUAUUUCGUGGAUCCGGGCAAUUUGCGGCAUAAAAAUGCACGAUGAAAACACAACGUACAU